CAUAAACUUCAAAUCACUGUUAGCAUCUCCUCAGAUCGACCCCGAAAGAAAAAAUACCACUAUUUUUACCGUCGAAUCACUCAGUUUAUAUAAAUCAUGGCAAAAGGCGCUCGUGCAAGUUCGAUCAAGGCGAACAACGUUGCAUUGAAGACCAAGGUUUUCGGUCCCAUUGAGACCGCCAGAACAGAGAGGUUGUCAGCAAAGUUGCUCGCAUUGGCAGCAGCACCGCGCCCUUCCGCACAGAAAGAUGUUACGAUGGAUGUAGAGGAUGCUGCCGCUCCAGCUCCUCUCAAAAGCGCUCUCAAAGUAACGAAGCAAGCCGACGAUAUGGAAGUUGAUAAGGAUACUACGCAAGCACCAGCAAUCUCGAAACCCAGCAGCGGGCGCAUCGAGAAGAAGAGAAGCGCACGCUCCAGAUCGUCUGGUAUCGUCUUCCCGAAGUACAAGAACGGCAAGAAGGUCGGCACGAAGAGCCGGAAGAAGUAGGUCAAUGUCAGAGGAAUUUUUGAUUUCAUCGAGCAUGGCGUAGGAAGGCUUUUGCAGGGCGAACAACGGCGUUAUGUAUAUAGGGUGGCAUUCCCAAGAUAAGAGUUUCUUAAAAAAUGACCGAUUGCCGAUCAGGAGCAACACAGUGGUUGGCUUGCGGGGAUUAAUCUUCAAAAUAAACAGUUAUAUCGAGCACACUUCUGGCUAACUGUUAUGAUAAUUUGGUUUCUUCCGCAGUAUGAUUCCUGUAAUAG